AUGGACCAGCAGCUGCAGUUCCCGUCGACGUCGACCGCUGACAAGGGCAAACAGCCACAGCAGGACGAGCCCGUCCAGUACGAGCUGCCCUGGGUCGAGAAGCACCGGCCCAAGACGCUCGAUGACAUCGUCGGAAACACCGAGACGAUCGAGCGGCUCAAGGUAAUCGCGAGGGAUGGCAACUGCCCGCACAUCAUCAUCUCCGGCGCGCCCGGUAUCGGCAAGACGACGAGUAUCCUGGCGCUGGCGAGGGCGUUGCUCGGCGACAAGAACUACAAGGAGGGCGUUCUCGAGCUCAACGCGUCCGACGAGCGCGGCAUCGACGUCGUCCGCAACCGCAUCAAGACGUUCGCGCAGAAGAAGGUGACCUUGCCUCUCGGCCGCCACAAGCUCAUCAUCCUCGACGAGGCCGACUCGAUGACGACGGGUGCACAACAAGCCCUCCGCCGCACGAUGGAGCUUUACAGCAAUACGACUCGGUUUGCGUUGGCGUGCAACCAGUCGAACAAGAUUAUCGAGCCCAUUCAGAGUCGGUGUGCGAUCUUGCGGUAUGCGCGAUUGAGCGACAAGGAGCUGUUGAAGCGGUUGAAGGAGAUCUGCGAGAUCGAAAAGGUCCCGCACAACGAGCAAGGCUUGACGGCACUCAUCUUCACCUCAGAAGGCGACAUGCGUCAAGCAAUCAACAACCUCCAAUCGACCUUCUCGGGCUUUGGUUUCGUCGGCGCCGACGAAGUCUUCAAAGUGUGCGACCAGCCUCACCCCGUUCGCGUGCAACAACUCGUCUCGGCGUGCGUCAAGGGCGAUGUCGACAAGGCGAUGGACGGGCUCGGCGAGCUUUGGAGUCAGGGGUAUGCGGCGGUCGAUGUUGUCAGCACGUUGUUCAGGGUCGUCAAGGGCAUGGAGCAGCUGAGCGAAUACGUCAGGCUCGAGUUCAUCCGCGAAAUCGGCUUCACGCACAUGCGAAUCCUCGAAGGCGUCGCGACCGUCGUCCAGCUCGGAGGCCUCAUCGCGCGCCUCUGUCGCCUCAGCAUGAAGCCUGAGCUGUUCAAGUUGCCUGGCAAGGAUGGCGUGCAGUUGUGA